AUGUCUCGUCUGGAUCAAACAGCCCGGAGACUAUCCAAAAGUGGGACAAGCCUCUAUGCCCUGCUGGAGCUAAAGAUGGGUGCCCCACCUGAAGACAUCAAAAAGGCCUACAGGAAACUGGCCUUGCAGUAUCAUCCAGACAAGAAUCCAGGGAACUCUCAAGCGGCAGAAUUCUUCAAAGAGAUCAACACAGCCCAUGCUAUACUCAGUGACCCUACAAAGAGGAAAAUCUAUGACCAGCAUGGCUCAUUAGGAAUAUACCUGUAUGAUCAUUUUGGUGAAGAAGGCGUCAGAUACUAUUUUAUAGUGCACAGCUGUUGGUUCAAGACUCUUGUCAUCCUCUGUUGCCUGUUAACUUGUUGUUGUUGCUGCUGCUCCUUCUGCCUUUGCUGUGGAAGAGUUGCACCACCACCUGAGGAGACUAACAUCAAGUAUGAAAAUGUAUAUUCUCAGCCAUCAAAGUCAGGUGAGGAACAGAGAGUGGGCCUGGGGUCAAAUCUGAAUCGGGAACGAUAA